AUGAAACCGAACAGUACGGAGUAUCCUUGCAGGGGCAUCUGGCACGCGAUGCCGGAGGAGCUGCGCGCAAGAGCAAAUGCGUUGCCCCGUGGGGCGAAGGCAACACCAGAAACGAACCACAACACCGUCCCUGCUGUGCCUACAGGGGCAACGUUAACAGCAGCGCUGCCGACUCAACCGUUCUGUGCGGAGCCGCAGACGGGGGCGACGAAGCCUAAGCCUGGGCCCUGGCCGGAAGAGGGAAAGAGACCAGAGGGAACGGAGCACCAACGCAAGGGGAAGCAUGCUUCGGUGUCAGAGAGGGACGGAUCGAUGGCCUCCAGAAACGCCUUGAAGACGAAGCACACAGUUCACUUCCGCGGUCGGGGGUGGGAGAAUCUUUUGAAUGAGAAACGCAGUGAGCUUGCACAGUCCUUCACGCAGGAUGUCGUUGAGGCAACUGGCCUGGAUGCGAGGCAGGUUGAGAAUUUGACCUUUGAGUUCGCUGGAAUGCUUCUUGUAAAGUUUGUAUUGGCUCCAAAGAACGUCCAGGAACAUAUGAGUGAUCUACACGGUAUGCUGCAGUCGUGCAAAUUUCCGCACAUCAUUGCCCUGUACAAGCCGUAG